AUGGACUCGGACUCUGAAUUAAAGUCAUUCCAUCUGGAUAGGAUUUCAUUUCUUGCUCAACCAAAGGAGUCCAAGACAGUUUGGGCCACAACACCUUGGAUACUGACGUGGGGAAACCAGGAAUCGAUACGGCCGCUGUCCCGCUCAGCACUGCAAGCCAACCCGAGCCCCAGAAUAAAGGCACUGGCCCAGCCUAAGAGAGACUUCUCCCUCCAGAUUCAGCUCAGGAAAGAGGAAGAGGAGGAGGAGGAGGAGAGGAGAAGGAUGAAGAUUUCCCGCCCUUCCUCUCAUGCAGUGCAGUACGAGAGCAUUGUCCGUCUAGCAACUCCCAAAACCCGAGGAAGAAGCCCCCAGGAAGUGAAUUAUGCACACUCAUUUUUGUGUGAGCACGACUGUCCCAUCUGGCACGUGAGUCCCAGUGUAAGGAACGUGGUCAUCUCACCUCGAAUCCUCCAGCUGGCCGACCCCAAAACCAACCACCCCAACUUCACCAGCAACAGACAGAAUGUGCAGACAUUCAUCUCAUAUGCAGCUCAAACAGCCAAGAUGACGUCCAGACUCGAGCAGCUCUCACUGCCCAAACUAAGAGAGAACAGACACUUCUACAACCCCGGACGACCAGAGAGUCCAAUCCGAACAGUAAGAGACAGAUGGGCUUUUCACACUGAGUUUAACCCCGGGUAA